GAGUCCAGCCUGUCAGUUGGUGCUAGAGUUCUGCUCUCUCUCUGGUUCCAGAGUCCAGUCUGUCAGUUGGUGCUAGAGUUCUGCUGUCUCUCUGGAUAAUAAGCAGUAUGUCCAACAUGGGAAGGCUUAAUGCCCGGUCUCCUGGUGGUACCGGGAAAGAGAUGGAGCGUGCAUCGUCUCGAGGCACCGACAGGCUGGCAGCAAUGUCUCCGUGCAUUGUAGGGAGACCCAGAGCCGUGUCUCCAUGCAUGAUAGGGGGCCGAAGAGCACUGUCUCCUGGGAGACCCAAACCGCUGUCCCCAGGUGUGGAGGGCGUAGAGAGAGCUUUGGCUCUCCAUGAGCUUGAGGGCCGCAGCCGAUUUAAGCCCAUCAAGAGUAGUUUGGAGUCCAAACCAGGGCUGAACAACAUCCCAGUCCGGAUUCGGCCACCCAGCCCAGCCAAGCCAUCCCCCAAGGAGCCCACCUAUGGUUGCAGCCUCUCCAGCGACCCUCCCACCAGGCCCAUAAUGAGACGCAGGGCACAGUCUCUCCCCUUAGCCCAGGUGACGUAUAAGAACCGUCAGGUGCGCUUCAUAGAUGCCCGAGGCCUGCAGCUAGAGGACAUCAAGGUGUUCAGAAUGGGGGAGGAGCCUCAAAUCCCUGCCCACGUCUUUUCCCGACUCCUGAUGAGCUCUGAGAUUAACUCCAGGCGGUCCCUGGAGCUGUCCCUGCCCUACUUCAAACCAUGCUUCCCCGAGAACAGGGGUUCGCAGCCAGGCUUCGCUCAGCGACUGGAGAGGCAGGUCGUGUCUUUAGACCAGGUCCUGUGUUCCGAGAUGGGCAUCAUGGGUACAGUGCAGGUCCUCAACCUGGCCUAUGACAAGGAGGUGAUGGUCCUCUACUCCUUCACCAACUGGAGGAGCAGCGCUGAGACCCGAGGCUGCUGGGUGACCACCCUCCGCAGUGACCCGACAAAGGGACCCGAGGCAGAUGUCUUCCGAUUCCGCCUGCCGGUUCCACCCUUCAUCCUGCAGGCAGGAGCACUGCUGGAGUUCGCUGUGCGUUACAGAGUGGCGGGGGCAGAGUACUGGGACAACAAUGAUGGAUGCAACUACAAGCUGUCUUGUCACAGCUACAAACUCACCGUUCCUCUGGAGUGUGAGGACAGCAUGGUGCACUUCACCUGACCGGCCACCAGGGGGCGAGCAGUCACAGAUCGAUUUUGCAUUGACAAAGAGAUUGAGGUGACUGAGAGGCUAAUUGCACAGCUACACCGAAUCUGUAACAAUAGAAGGAAGUCAAGUAGCAAAGCAUUUGCAGAAGGCCUUUUGAUUUGUUUUUUGGGAUAUCUUUAUAAACAAAAAUAUUUCCUUUGGACAGGAGAUACCAAUCUGGAGAACAGUGGAUGAUAUUACAAUUUGUGGGCUGAGAUCACUCUGAAGCUGUCUAAAAUUAGUAGUUUUUUCAACCGCUUUUGUUUCUUACUUUUCUUUUGUCUGUGUGCAGUGGGAGCUGUAGUAGAUUGUAGAUGCAUAGAGUUUUAUAAUGAAUUUCACACAGUAAAAUGUUUAAACUUACAAUAUAAAGACUUAAUGUUUCCUUUGAGAAUACAUAAUGCACUUUAGAUACAUCAGAUAUGACCUGUGACCUUUACAUCAGAUAUGACCUGUAAUCUCUAAAUCAGAUUGACCUGUGAUCUUUAUCUAUACCGCCCUCUCUCUCUCUUUCUCCCUCUCUCUCUCUCUCUCUCCCUCUUUCUCCCCCCCCCCCCCCGUCAGUCUUUCUCAGUGUGUUUCAGAGUAAUAGAUGAAACCCAGUAAACACUAAAGAAUGUUCAGACUGAUGACCUAAAUUCCAUGACUGUCUGAAACAGCCAACACUACAUAUCAUGUGUUACUGCACUGCUUUGUCAGACUAAACAAAACAAUGCAACUGGUUUAUGCGAAAA